UCCGAAUCUAAUGUCAGAGCUUCAAUCCUAACCCUUAUUCAAUGCUGUUCGGCGGACCUCCCCUUCAACGGUAAGAAAGGUCGCUGGACCCCCGCCAAGUUUUGCCAGCUGGACAUAGGGUCGAUCCUCCAAUUGUUGCACAAAAUCUCAGGUCGCGAUCAAACGACGCCGACUGCUGGUCCUAAACGAACAAAUCUUGUCUCAACACAUGCCCAAGAGUUCGUUAAGCUGUGGAACCUCUUUUUGGAUUAAUCUGCUAGAAGUAGCUACUGCGCGAGUUCUAGAUUUCACCUAGGCCUCAUCUACCCGCAUUAUUCGAACCCUAAGCCUUGGCGGUAUUUUGGCCUGUUAGGUAACUAUCACCAUCGAUUUGGCAGACCCCGGAGCCUUCACUAGAAUCGUGGGCAUGCACGGUGAGGAUAUAGCCUUUCCAAGUGUCGCAAAAGGAGCGUGUAGAAAGCACAGCUCCAUAAUCACCUUAGGAAAACCUCCCCUCUCCAUUCUCCUGAAAAAGCAUGAAGUUGCGGGCGCUUUGCGGUCCUCCUCUGUGUCUUCUCCUCUGCCUUCUCUUCCAGUCUGGACUGUCCCAAACGGUGGUCAAGUCUCUUCCCGGAUUGCCUGGAGACCUCCCUUUUCAUCUCGAAACCGGAUACAUUGGAGUUGGGGAGUUGGAUGAUGUUCAACUUUUUUAUUACUUUGUCGAGUCGGAGAGGAGCCCAAGAGACGACCAUCUGGUGCUAUGGCUCACCGGCGGCCCCGGUUGCUCUGCUCUCUCCGGACUGAUUUACGAGAUCGGUCCAUUUACGUUCAAUUACGAGAAUUCUUCUAGAUUCAGACCAACACUCAAAUUUAAUGAUUAUUCAUGGACAAAGGUGGCGAAUAUUAUAUUCUUAGAUCAGCCUGUUGGAACUGGAUUUUCUUAUGCUAAUAAUUGGGAAAGCUAUAAUAUAAACGAUAACAUUUCGGUCGCAGAAUCUUACGAAUUUCUAAGGAAGUGGCUUAAGCUCCAUCCCCAGUUUUUGAGCAACCCACUCUACAUUGCUGGGGACUCUUACUCGGGUGUCACUGUUCCAAGGGUCGCUUUAGAAGUUGAUAAAGGAAAUGAAGCUGGUUUGGAGCCUAAGAUGAAUCUUGAGGGCUAUGUACUUGGAAACCCCCUAACAAAUUAUGAUAGUGACCUCAAUUCAAGAGUCCCAUUUGCUCAUCUGAAGAGUCUUAUACCAAAUGAGCUAUAUGAGUCAGCUAAAACUGAUUGUAACGGUGAGUACAUAAACGUCAACGAAAGCAAUGCUGAUUGCGUUGACGAUCUUAAAGCUGUGAAUCUGUGCGUGGAGAAUAUAAAUACGGCAAACAUACUGGAACCGACCUGCGUGCCUCAGUCUCCCAAAUCGACGGUCAGUGAUAGGUGGGACCCAAUCUUAAUAAAUCGAGACCCUUCACCUCUCCUUUUGUCGACGGAGAGAGCUUCCCGGGUUUGGUGCCGGAAUUAUAACUAUCUCUACAUCUAUAUCUGGGCUAGCGCUAAAGCAGUUCCAGAUGCUCUUCAUAUCCGAGAGGGGACAGUUGAGAAGUGGGUAAGGUGCAAUAAGACUUUAUCUUACACAUCCCAUGUCCUAGUUGUCAUUGACAUACACAAAGAGCUCAUAAAAAGGGGAUUUCGAGCACUUAUUUAUAGUGGUGAUCACGACAUGCUCAUCCCGUAUGUGGGAACUCAAGCUUGGAUCCAUACAUUGAAUCUAACGAUUUCUGAAGAUUGGCAUGCAUGGUUUGUCGAUGGACAAGUUGCUGGGUAUGCUACGCUAUAUUCUUCCUUUCCAUCCCUUUUUACAUUUGUAACCGUCAAGGGAGUGGGACACACGGCUCCAGAAUACAAGCCCAAGGAAUGUUUUGCACUGAUUAGUAGGUGGUUUGAUUAUUUUUACAUUUAACUUGCACUUGUAGCUCCCUUUUAGUUCGACGAUUUAUAUAAUAAACAUAUCGUUGAUGUAAUAAAUUUCUGGUGCUCCGAUUCGGGAACAAUGCUGAAAUGGAUAUCCUUGUUCA